AAGAGAUUCGCGUUGAACGUAUGUACAAAUGAAUAAUUAUUGAAACGCGACCUUCUCAAGUUUUGGACACUGAACACGAUCUUAUACGACCUUAUGUGUUGAGAACUUAAAUACGUUACUUAAUACUGCGCACUUCAUUCAGACUAUAGCUUCGUCAUAAUGAAAAUUCACCAUAGUAAACAGAUGCGCCCACCUGGUCUGUGGGAAUGAUUUUUGGAAUCUUGACAGUUUUUGGUAUUAUUUCCUUCACAAUAACCAGUCCAAGUAACUGGGGGCAGACGGCGCUCAUGGCUAUUACCAGUGACAUUUGGUCAGUUUGCUAUCAAGGAAAAAUGCAAUCACCAAUCAAUAUCUCUACAAAGCAUUUAGUAUUUGAUACUAAUUUGGAACCUAUAAAAAUACUAGGCUUAGAUAAACAGAUUGAUGUGGAGAUAGUGAAUACUGGACAAGAUUUACAAAUGAAAUUUCUUGAUUCAACAACAAUAAUUAUAUUCAGUGAAGGACCAUUGGUAUAUGACUACAAGCUGUUUGGUGCUAUUAUAAAAUUUGGUUCAAAAUCAAGCCGUGGUUCAGAUCAUCAAAUUGACGGUAUUGCGUUUCCGGCGGAGCUACAAUUAUAUGCAUUCAAUUACAUUUUAUAUCCAAAUUUUUCUGUUGCACUAUCUAAACCGAAUGGGUUGGCUGUAUUAUCUAUCUUAUGUCAAGUCGGUGUUCAGUCGUCAGCUGAUUUGGAAGCUAUAUUUUCUAUAGCAGAUCAUGUGCAGUUGAAAGGGCAGUUUAAAAAGCUUCACGGUUUGUUGUUAGAAGGUAUAAUACCAUCAACUGUUCACUAUAUGACAUAUCAAGGUUCUUUACCUUUUCCUGCUUGUUAUGAAACAGUCACUUGGAUUAUACUCAAUCAACCAGUUAUAAUCACAGAAACACAGUUAAAAUCUCUUCGUCAACUUCGAAUUUCUUCAUUUCGGGAAUCUGGUAGAAUGGCUGAUAAUUAUCGAACAAUUCAGAAACUUAAUAACCGCUCAGUAAGAACAAAUAUCGACUUUAUACAGACUCAACCAUACUGCUCAAUGCAAUCUAGACGAUCUUACAUUGUAUCAAAGAAAACUCUUGAAAACUAAAGAUUUUAGUCAGUAUAUUACGAUCUUAUUGAAUGAGGAUACAUGAAUUCAAAAGGUUUCAUACAGAGAGAUGUUAUUUUAUACGAAACCAAUUAUCUAAGUUGUUCUACUUCCUAAAAGACAAUUUUCUGAAAUGAAUGAUGAAAAAAACUCGAAGGAAUAAUCUGAAUUAUUUAUUCAAAACAAAUAAUAUAAAAUCUGAUUCAGAUCACUACACUUUAGUAGUAAAAUAGUUGCUGUACUCAGGAAAGAAAAGACUGAUUCUUGUUUUUAUUAUCCUUUAUCAUCUACCUCAUAUUACUAGUAAAGUAUCCAGAUUAUUAGUGAAUGAAUAAAAAUAAUAAGUAAGUUUGUAUACCUCGACAACACAUAACCUAAUUUAUUGUCAAUACUUUUUAUGAACUUUUAUUAACUCUUAUUCCAUAUUUUGUUCGUUUGACUUACUAUGUAAAACAAAAGAUGACAAAUAAUUGUGAUAAAAUAAAAUAUUUCAUGAGUGUUGUAUAAAACUUUGAUUUGAUUUCAUUCUAGUUAUUUGAUCAACAGGAGAACAAGUAUGGUUAUUGUUACCUUUUUUUAAAUUUUAAUUUACUUAAUAUUAAUGAUAUGUAGCUAUGAAUGAAACUAAACAAAACAAUAGGAUGUUUCACAAUAUACUUUCAUUACAUUGAAAAAAAAAGGUGUUUAAUCAUAGAAAAUAACACUUUCUUUAACAUUGAUCAAGUUACCUUUGUUAUAGUAAUUUGUGAAUAUCACUAUCAUAGUCUAUUUGAAUUAAUGCAUUUUACAAGAAAAUUUAUAUAUACAGAAACUUUAUAUGGUUGGUAAUUGUAUUAAUAAGUUCUCAACAAAAUACUAAUUGUUAUGCAUAAUCAUUAACAAAAUGAUUUCAAUUUGAUCAACAACAAAAAACAAACAAACAAACUCUGUUUUUGACACUAUACAAAUUGUUUAUUAUUUAUUCAAUAAGAUAGUUAUAAAUGUUUUCUUAAGCAAAAUAUUAUUUCAUGUAUUCCAUGUUGAAAGCACAAUAACUUUAAAAGACAUUUUCUUCUCUCUCUUUAAAUUCAAGUACAUUUUUGUUUCCAAAAAAAGGAAACCAAAAAAAUCUCCAUUUUUUAAAAUUCCUACCCAUCUAUAUUUUUGGCUAAAUAAAUUUUAUUAUUAUUAAAUAAAGGUUCAACAUGAUUAAUAAGAACGAUAUUAAAGAUUCCAAUUGUGAAAAUUGGAACAACAUAUGUAAGUGAACAAUUGUUUUCAAAUAGCUUAUCAUCAGGCUUUACUCUAAUAUAUACAUGAAUAUUUAUACGAAAAUGUUAAACCAAUCGAGGCAAUAUGGGUCAUUAAUCACAAUGAAAUAGAAUACAUCACCGCAAAUAAUUGGUAAAAGUAUAAGUUGAUAGUAGGAAGACAGGUGUACUGAUAGUAGUAAGAAUAAUAAAAUACGAUAAUAAAAGUCUUAUCAAUAGUUAAACGUUGGAAAUACAAGAUCAAACGUGGGUGAAUAGACUUAGAAUAAUCAUCACAAAACAUUAAAACCAUUACGUAAUAUGAAGUGUGUAAAUGAUUAAAUAGUGAAGAAUACAAACGGAAAAAGGUGGAAAAUUGCAAACAAAUAUGGGUGUGAAAAUAAUGCUAAUGACAAAAAAAUAAAACAAAGUUUAUAAAAAGAAUUGUCAUUAGUUACAUCCGGCCAUAGAAGGGAUAGGGAGAUCACGAAUUUCUUCUGUACAUAUAAAUUGGGGUUAAAUGUAUGAAUUCCUGUGGCUUCAGAUAUAUUUAAGAGAGUGGAACGAAGUCCAUCGGAAAAUGAUGGAGGUAUGCGAAGAUCACUCUAAAUGACUUCGAUUUGUCUACAGUGUGACCGCUAUCAAUUAGAUGCUUAGCUAUUGAUAUGACUUUUGUUAUUGUAUUUUAUUAUUCUUACUAUUAUCAGUACACCUAUCUUCCUACUAUCAACUUAUACUUUUACCAAUUAUUUGCGGUGAUGUAUUCUAUUUCAUUGUGAUUGUUGACUUAAAUUGUCUUGAUUGGUUUAAGAUUUUCAUAUAAAUAUUCAUAUAUAUUAGAGUAAAGCCUGAUGGAACUCGGCAUUCAUCAAGAGGCGUCAUAACUCUUCUAAACAAACCAGAUCCCAGCAGAGGAGGAAAUCAGGAAGAUGCGUUCGAGUUGGAUAAAACACACAUUGAGGAAAGCACCCAACUGCGUCACAAGACAAG